AUGUCGUCUGCUGUGGCUCGAGUCUUCGCUACGGCCGAACUCCUCGAAACUAUCCUGACGGAAGUGGCCGAUCUCGAGCUCUCACCAGCAGCAACAGAACACGAUGGCUUUCUUAUCAAAGCUCCGUUCGUCAAGUCAGUUAUAGGACUCCAGUGUGUCAGCCACCACUCCAACAACACCAUCCGCGGCUCGAGCAAGCUUCUCAAGAGGCGACUCGAAGCCGCUAAGAUUCCCGGAAUGCUACUCACCCGCAUCGACUUCCAACUCUUCGGACCAAUGGUCUGGCUCACGCUCCAACAUCAUCUGCAGCUGAGCUUGAUCGGCGUAGCAUACACGGACGCGCAGGUGGCUACUGUUACUUUCCGCAUGAAUAUGGACAAUUUUGCCGAGGAGUGGCUGUCACGCCGACUUGAGCAGUCGUGGCGCGGUAUCCCGUGUCUGACUGACCCGUCACGGGUUUCUGCUCUGCAAUUGAAAGUACUCGUGUCUGGAUUCGUGUCGAAGAUGGUUGGCCCUUUCGAUAUGGAGACUAGCGCAACUCUGGGCGAUCUGGUCCAAAUGCUCCUCAAGAUCUUCACCGCUGAGAAGCCCAGACUCUCACGAGACGCUCACCAGGCUCAGAUCUUCGAGACUUUGUAUCCUGUCUGA